AACUGACGACGGAGCUGUCCAAGAUAUUUGUCAGUGUGUAUUGUGGAGCAUAUUGCCGUUGAAUUUCGCUGAAAUUAGUGAGCGAGAGAAGAAUAAUAGUAGCAACAAUAAGUAGUCACAGUGAUCUUGAAUAGGACAUAAGGAGCUGGUGAGCGAUGACGUCCCAUCCUGUAUUUGAUUACGAGGAGCGGGACCAGAGACUCCGUCACCGAGUUGUCGUUGCCAAUGCAAAACCGUCGGAUACGACGGUUCCUUGUUCUAGCGGCCCGCAAUACUUCCUCGGCCCGGGUGGCGACAUGAGCGAGGACGACGUCGUCGACCUGCCAUCCUGUGUCUACGCCGGUAGAUCCUCCCAACAACAGCAGCAGCACGUGAACCAUCCUCCGCAACACACACACUCACCCUUGCAUUACCAUGUGCCUGUUACAACACCCGAUCAUACCGAAAAUGAUAUGAAUGGCGUCGAAGAGGGUUAUUAUCCGAAUGGGAGUCCUUACAGAAUUCAAAGACACGCUGCCAAUAUUCGAGAGAGGAAGAGAAUGCUUAGCAGCAUCAACUCGGCUUUCGACGAGCUCAGGGUACACGUGCCCACAUUCCCAUACGAGAAGCGCCUCUCCAAGAUCGACACACUGCGGUUGGCCAUUGCCUACAUAGCCCUCCUGCGGGAGGUCCUUGCCGCCAGGCUCGACCCGCUCACCUACGUCGAGCGCUGUCUCCGAGGCGAGAUCAACGGGGAGCGCGCCGAGUGGAACACCAGCGAUUUAACGGCGAGGCUGUCAUGGAUAAAUUGGGAGAACCUCGGUGUCAAUCCAAAUCGACGCUCAGUACUGACGUCACUGGCCCUCACUACUGACAAUAUGAACUAAAAAAAUUGCCGAGAGUUAACGAGAAGACACAGUUUUUCGUUUUAUCUUUUUCCUUUUGUACAUACAUAUUACCGAAUUUCAAGUAAAAAAUGCGUGCUCAUUGCCAAAGAGAUUAUACAUUACCAAAUUUAAAAUGUAAGAUCAUUUGUAUAUUAUGAAUUCCUUUAGUCAUGCGUGUGCAAUAAUAAAGCGUUUAAAAAUCCAUGUAAUU